AUGAGUGAUGAUAAUGUUGAUCGGGGGACGAUUCCAUUCCGGGUUCGGGACUCUCGGCCUUCUGAUUCCCAUCAUAGGAGUCGAGUCAUCCCGUUACUCUCUGGCGCUGAUUCCCCUGGGGGCUCUUCUGCGACAAACCGAGCGCAUCAUUCGGCUAGCGCUUCUUUAUCAAACAAGAGACCGGAUUCUCUCGGGGCUGUACCGAGCAACUUUGUCGCAGAUGAUCUGAGUGAACAAACUGGCGGAUUGGUGAAUCCACGAGCAUCCAAAGGCCAGCGCCCGAUGUGCUCGGAGGAGCUAGAACCUUCAAGUCAACCUAACAGUCCAGUUAGCCGGGCCACCCCCGAUAACUACCCCAGAAAGCCCGGUGUCAUCGGUAGUGGCAUACAGCAAUCCAGAAACUCCCCGGACUCGACUGGCGAAUCAGUGGGCCACGCAUCUGCAGGGCCGUCGCGACUUUAUCACCGCAGGAACCACUCCAGCCCCGCUUUCCAUGCUAGUCCGAGGGCCAACCGGAGCGACGAGCAGGAGGCAUUCUCAUUGCCAAGAAGGUCGCGACUCGCUGCGGAGAGACUCACGUAUGGCCAGGAGUCGGCGCGGAAUUUGAGCAAUGAACACAAAUUCGUCCGAAGGUUCGCUGCUGCAUCCGAAGGUACAGCAUCUCGCGGGAUUCUAUUGGAGGUACAGGAUGCUGAACCGGUAACAGAAGAAGAACUGAUCAGCGAGGUGCGCAUCAUCUAUGGCGGAAUAAUCGAGGUGGAGAAGAGAUGUGCGGAAUACAUCCAAGCCGGCCAGCAGAUGGUCGUCAUACCUUCGGAUAAAUGGCAUGCGAUGCUUACGGUGCACCGAAUCCUUCUCCAAGAGCACCAUGACUUCUUUAUGGCUUCGCAGCAUCCUUCCUCAAUUCCAGCUCUCAGGCGCAUAUCCGAGAAGUAUGCUAUGCCAGCUCGUAUGUGGCGCUACGGAAUCCACGCAUUUCUCGAGUUCCUGCGUCGUAGACUGCCCGAGUCCCUAGAGCCCAUGCUGACCUUCAUCUAUUAUGCGUACUCCAUGAUGACUCUCUUUCUGGAGACCGUGCCGUCGUUCGAGGAGACUUGGAUUGAAUGCCUUGGAGAUCUGUCGCGAUACCGUAUGGCCGUGGAAGAGUCCAAUUUGCAGGACCGGGAAAUCUGGGGUGGAGUCGCAAAGUACUGGUACAACAAGGCUGCGGACAGGAACCCCGACGUCGGACGGAUUCAGCAUCAUCUGGCCGUCUUGGCUCGGCCCGACAUCGCCCAACAGCUUUUCUACUACACCAAGUCCCUUGUGAGCGUGCGCUCAUUCCCGGGGACCCGAGAAAGCAUUGUGCUCCUGUUCAACCCACUCUUGAAGAGCCCAAGGAUGGUUCACUAUCACCCAGUCAUGGCCGACUUUGUGACCGCCCACGGCUAUCUAUUCGGUCGAGAUGCCUCCGAGCGUUUCUUCGGCGCAGCCGACAAUUUUCUAUCGGGAUUGGACAAAUACAUCCCCCGAGUUGGGGCGGCAUUUAAAAUGCAGGGGGUCUAUAUGACUGCCUCCAAUCUUGCGGCCAUGCUGGAGUACGGUCAUACCCACGCUCUCUUGCCCAGUGAAUUCCGUCAACCGUCCACAUCACAAUCGAGCUCUCUUGAGGAUCUUCAUCAAUCCGUUUCUAGAUACUGGACGCCCGUCAGUGAUCCCGAGAAGGUUGCAAGCGACUUCCUUGCGCUUGACGACCCUGAAAGUGACUGCCGGUUGCUAUUUUACGGCUCGUAUCUUGCAUUCCAGACAUUUUCUAUUUUCCUCGACCAAAUAGGUGACAAAAACAUCUACGCGGCUCUUCACUUCUCAUUAGCAUUUCUAUGGUGCUUGUCAUCUACUUCGACCGGAAUGGCAUAUGCCGAACUGGUGGUUCCCUGGAGACGGAUUGUCGCCUUCCUCAACACCAUGUUUUCGCCCCUGUUGGACAUGAGCUUGGUGGAAAAGGCCGAGUUUCCCAUCUCGGAUGAAACCAAAUGGAUUCCCGAAGACUUUCUCAUCCGAGGUCAUAUCUGGAGUCAGGCCUACUAUCCCCAGUCAUUUUUCGACGGGUCACCGACCGAGGAUGAUGGACGAAACAUUGAAAUGCCAUCGCUCAAAAUAUCCCGAAUGUAUAGAUGUCUUUGGCUGGGGGUUCGGCUGGCAAAGUUCGAUCGUUGGAUGACUUACGACUCUGCCUUGCAGAAGUUCUCCGUUACCCCCUUUGCUCUAGAGCUUGAGAGGCUCGCGGAAGCACAUUGCCCUUUCCACUUGAGUACACCGCAGGAAGUUUCCAGCGCUGAUGUGGAAAUGCGUGGCUCUUGA